AUGAGUAAAAACAAAUCUUCCGAUAAACAACUAAACGAUAAUGACGAUGGACUUAAGUUAAAUCAAUUGAAGUUACCAAUGUAUGUAUCACAUUUAAAAAACGGUAAUACACUAUGUACAAAUGACAAUUUAUUAAUUCUUCAAAAUGGUUCAACAACAUUAGAAAUUCGUACACCACCAAAAUUUGAACCAACUCACAUUCCAUGGCACGAAGGAUUACUUCGAGAUAUUGUUUGGAGUUCAGAACUUGGUUUAUUCAUUUUUUUAACACAAAAAGCUUUAUUUACGUUUAAUCCAAAAUUAAUAGCUUGUUCGCCUACAACAACAGUUAAUAUUGAAUUGCAAUUCAAACUAACAUCAUAUAGUACAAUACAACCAUACGAUAAUAAUAGUUCAUUUUGGCGAUGUGCAUGUGUUGGUAAAACAUUAUACAUUACCUAUUCGGGUUGUGGAACAAUUAUUGAUGAAUAUAUCUUUGAAAAAUCUUCAUGUAAAUUUAUUAAUCGUUGGAUGCCACCACAAACAUGUUCUACACAUGAAGGUAUAUGGUGUAUACGUUCUCAUUCAAAUACAAAUCAAUUAGGUAUGACUAUAUUGAAUCUAAGAAAUAAUCAAUGGCGUUUUGAAACUCGUAAUUCAAAUGAUUUUUCUCGAUUAUGUGAACUAGCAUUACCAGUAACACAUGGUGAUUGUGAAUUAUCAUCCAUAUCAAAUAGUGAAUGGCUUAUUACUAAUUCAUGUGGAAUACGUUUAAUUCAAAUAAGUAAUUUUAAAUUAAAAAUAGCUGUUGAAUAUGAACGUGAAUUAAAAAAUUCUAUUACAAUUAAUAAUGAUUAUUUUAUUAUUCGAACAAAAUAUACGAUGGAAAUUCAUGAAAUGAAGAAAAAAGAGAAUUAG